AAAUUUCCCCCCUUAAAAAAGGCAAAAAAACAAAAAAGGUUGUUAAACAAAGUGUGUGGGGGAAGAAAAGGAAAUGAGAUAAAUAAUCAUUUUGUCAUUGAGAGGGAAAAAGGUAAAUCUUUGUUGAGUUGGAAAAACACAUGACAGAAGAGAAAGUUAAGAAUAUAAGCCUUUUCUGUGUGUUUCUUUCGGUGAUUGUGAAGCACGUGACAAAGCAUAACCACUGAAAUUGGAAGCGGCAUAAAAAAUAACAAAUAAGAUUUGAUAUGCUACAGCUCAGUUCUUUUAUGUGGGACAUAUUUGUGACCACCAGAACCUAUCAAUGGUUUAUUGUAUUCUUGAGGAAGCACUUUCAAACUGACUCUGCAUGAUCCACUUGCAAGGGAAUAAAAUAAGAUUCCUUCUUAGCCGUUAUAACUCUCACAAGCCCAUAACUUCCUUGCCCUUUCUUUGGCUAUGUGCUACAUAAGUAACCAAAUUGUUGGUGUCUUGGGGUAUUCUAUUAAGUCUUUAUCAGCAAAACCUCUCUUAUCUUCUCUCUCAAAAUGGCAACAUUCAUGCUGAAGUUAAUGCUUCCUCUACUUUUUUUGUCCAUGAUUCCUUCAGAAACAGCAAAUGCGGAAUUUGAGCAAUGGUGUGUGGCUGAUGAGCAGACCACUGACAAUGAAUUGCAGGCAGCCUUGGAUUGGGCUUGUGGGAAAGGAGGUGCAGAUUGUAGCAAAAUUCAAGUGAACCAACCCUGCUAUUUUCCAAACACGUUAAAAGACCAUGCUUCUUAUGCCUUCAACAGCUACUUUCAGAAGUUCAAGCACAGUGGAGGUUCUUGCUACUUUAGAGGUGCUGCCAUGACAACAGAAGUGGAUCCUAGUCAUGGUUCUUGUCACUAUGAUUUCAUUCCCUGAUCGCAACUAUCAGUGAAGGCUUCAAAUAACUCAAGCAAAGACUAGAUUCAGGCCUUUUGUUUGUGUGUGUGUCCCAUUGAAACCACAGUUUUUGCCUUUUCUGAUUGGUAGAGCUGAGUCUUGCAUUGUAGUUUAUCUCAGUCGAAGGCUGAGAAGGCAUAAAAUGUUCUCCAGCAAACUAGCUUCCAAUCUUACAAAACUAAAUUAAUCUUUUUCC